AUGUUUUCAGACAACGAGUUGGAUGGUUUUAUGGGUGUUUUAAAAAAAGAAUCGGACUAUAUGGAGAUUGAAUGUGGUGCCACUCAUACCAAAUUUGGUGAUUCAACUGGAAAGCUUAGAGUUUUUCAAAAUGGGAAGCUUGAAAUUGAUUGCCAAUGCUAUCAUGAUUGCCCACAAGUGAGGGUAUCUCCAGGUGAUUUUGCAAAACAUGUGGGGAAAAAGAUGGCAAAUAAAAACUGGAAGAGCCAAAUUUGGGUGACUAAUAAGGAAGGACGCAGAGAAAAUUUAUGGAAGACAUGUCUGUUGAAGUAUCACAGUGAUACAUUUCAUAGGCCAGUUCGUGGAGGAACCAUACAUCGCGAUCAGUUCAUUCGUUGCACUAAUUGUAACAAAGAACGUAGGUUUCUUCGAAGAACUAAAGAAGAAUGCAAACACUAUCAUAAUGCUCUUGCUGUGAAGGACUGGAAAUGCUCUGAUAUGCCUCACAAAAGGAUAAGUUGUGAUGAUGUUGAAGAGCGCGAGAGUAGAAAAUCGUGCAGGGGUUGCCCUAGAACUGCUAAGUGCAGUGGCUGUGUCAGCUCUUUGCUGGUUCUAAGUUUACAACAAGUCCAACUCCAUCCUAAUUUCUCUCCUUUCUUCCAAAAAUUAUAG